UAAUGCUGAGACCACGACGAAAAAGGAGAGACGCGUGAGCUCACGCAACAAGAUCCUCGAGUGUGCCUUACAACGUCAUCAUGACCAAACCAAAUCGCUGCUCUUUGUUUGACCUCGCUGUUGAUCCGAACCUCAUUGAUGGACUUAGGGAGGUUUCAGAGUUGCAGAAUCCUCAGGAACCUCUUCAUCUCGCCAUCAGAGAGGAUGUUUCUGAUAAUAAGAGAGGAACGGAUGAAAGUAAGGAUGAGGCCGCGUCACUCGGAGAAGUGUCCGACAGGAGGUUUUGCUCAGCAUGUCAGAGCUCGUUUGAAAAUCGUGAAGAGCAGAUGGAGCAUUACAAACUGGACUGGCAUCGAUUCAAUCUGAGGCAGCGACUGGCUGGACGAUCACCAAUCACCGUGGAGGAGUUCGAAAAGAAGACAGGAAUGGGUGAUGUGUCGAGCAUUUCAGGUUCAGACUCUGAGGAUGAGGAGUCGCGCAGUGACGAUGACGAUAAUGGCGGCGGUGGUGGUGUGAUUUCUUAUGGAGGUCGUUUAUCUGCAAAGGCUUUGCUCCAAAACUCUCAGGGACUGUAUUUAUGUCUGUACCGUUGUGCAGUACAGAGGAAGACAGUUGACGAUGAGGCAAAUUUGGUUGAUUUUCUGCUGAACACCUCGGAGAAGACGCUCUGGGUGAUCCUAAUGACGGGCGGCGGCCAUUUUGCUGGAGCUGUUUAUAAAGGGAAGGAGGUGCUGCAGCACAAGACGUUCCACCGGUACACGGUUCGAGCAAAACGGGGAACGGCUCAGAGUGUCCGUGAUGCCCAGAAUAAAAGCCACACCCCCAAAUCUGCCGGGUCUGCACUUCGGCGCUAUAACGAGGCAGCUCUAACAAAGGACAUUCAGGAUCUGCUGAAGAACUGGGCUGAAUAUUUAACUCAGGCUGAGGCCAUUUUCCUCCGAACACCGAAGUACAACCGAAGUGUGUUCUUUGGAGGUCGCGGAGCACCACUGGGAAGAAAAGACUCGAGAAUACGAUCAAUUCCUUUCGCUACUCGCAGAGCCACUUUCAGCGAAGUAACACGUGUACAUGACGUUCUCUCAACAGUUCAAGUUUACGAUAAGACCACAGAUAUAUCCAGCAUUCUCAGUUCGCCCAAGAAAAUAUGGCAGAAAAAAACUUCAAAUCAAACCAACCAAAAUGCAGCAGGCGUGUGUGUUUCAGUGGUUCAGCAGGAGGAGGACGAGCAGGAAGAGGAGGAGGAUGAAGACGUUCCUGUAGAGCUGCAGUUUGAGGAGUUGACCAUUACAACUUUAGAUUUAAAGGAAUAUGAGGUCAAACCCAGCAAAAAGAAGCGAAGGAAGAAGAAAGAGAGAAAACCAGAGGCUCCUGAGAAAGAUGAGAAGUUCAUGGAGAGAGAAGAAUUUAACAGCAGGGAGGUGAAGGACGAAGCGGGGAAUGAAAAGUCAGGAGAAGACAAAACCAAUGACAAGAAAUAUCUGAGGAACAAUAACCAUGAUGAAGAAGAUGAGAGGUGUGUAUCGUGGGAGUUCGGUGUCCGGGAUGCCCUGUACACUGCGUGUAAGACUGGUGACACGGAGGCGUUACACACACUACUGCAGCAGGACGAGCACACAUUGGCCCGACUCCUUAACACACCCAUCGACUCAGCAGGAUACACACUGCUGCACGUGGCAUCAGCAGCUGCACAGAAACACGCUGUGAAACUGUUAUUGGAGAUGGGAUGUGACCCAACAUGCAGGGAUAGAAAAGGCCAGACACCAUAUGCAGUUGCACCUGAAAAAGAGAGCAGGAACAUGUUCAGGAAAUUCAUGGCUGAACAUCCGAACAAAUACGACUACGCUAAAGCUCAGGUUCCGGGACCGCUGACGGCUGAAAUAGAGAGCAAGAAAGCAGAAAAGAAAAAAGCGCAGAAGGCGGCGAAGAAGCAGCGUGAGAAGGAGCAGAGAGAGGAGAAACGGAAAGAAGAGGAGGAGCAAGAGGAAAAACUGAGGUUUUUAGCACUGAGUGACCGAGAAAAGCGAGCGCUGGCUGCAGAACGGAGAUUGGCAGAGCAGGUAGCCACAACAGGAGGAACACUCAGUAAUAUCAGGCGAUGCUGGCAGUGUGGAGAGUCUCUGCUGGGGAAGGUGCCAUUUGAAUAUUUAAAUUACUCUUUCUGCUCAACACUCUGCGUCCAAACACACCGUAAAAGCAACAGAGCUGCUAAACCAUAACUCGAGGGAGAGACAUUCAGAAUAUUACUGACACAACUGAAAAACAUUUGCUGUAAUUGACCGACUGUUGACAUUUAAUUUAUUUUAAUGAUAUUAGAGUGAUGGGUUAAGUUUACAUGUGUGUUAAUUUAAGUAUUACAAAUGUAAACACUGUGAUAAAUAUGAAGAACCAAACUGACAUUGAAAUUCAAUAUUUGAUUGGUGGUAUGGGUGUGUAAUUAUUGAUGCAACAUAAUAAAAUAGAAAUUAUAUUUCUUAUUAAAAGUCAGAUCAUAUUCAAACUCAUUCUCCUGUUAUUUGGGACUUUUUGUGAUGUUUGUUUUUGAAAAUUUUGUCACAGGCAUAUGUAAAUAAAUAAACAUACAAUUACUUAAAUUUUCUAAUAUUUGCAGUUGAGUCAUGUUUUGAAUGAUAUUAAGACAGUUGGUUUUCAAAUAGUUUUAUUUUUAUGUCAGUAAUGUCAGCACAGAAACCAGUGACCAAUAAAUGUAUUAAAUAUGUUUAUGAAUGAGACUUAUUGCGGAUCGAAAGGCCCGUUGUACCCUUGAUGGGAGCAGCCGAAAGACUAA